AUGUACCAUUCACCAAAAAAAGAUUUUUCUCUUUCAACGUCAAAAAUAUAUCAUCAAGGAUCACAACAAAAAUCAAUUCUUCAAUCAACACAACAUUAUCUACCAACACAAAUUCCUUGUCUUCCAGCAACAACUCCUUUAUUAAGUCAAAUAAUAGGAGUUCCUCCACCACCUCCACCAACACGAUCUAUAAUUUUAAAUACAAAACCAUUUGAUCCUUUAGUUAAUCGUUUUAAAAGUGCAUUAAAACAUAGAAAAAGCUGUAUAUCUAAAGAAUUUAUUAAGACAGAUUCUGAAGAUAAUUUAAAAAAAGAUACACAGCGUUCUCCCUUAGAAAAAGCACGUCAUUUAGAAAAUAUUCCGUCAUAUCAGACACAAAAAUUAUUAGACGGUUCACAUCAAUUACGUAUUGAUAGUCAUCAUAUAGGAGCCGGUCACGGAGGAGGCCACGGACAUAAAAAAGAAUUUGGUCCUGCUAUGAUUUUGUAUUAUCUUGCUUCAGCCUUUAGGGCUUUAUAUCCAAGAUUGGACGAUGAUUUUGUUGAUAAAUUGAAUUAUUAUUAUACAACAACGAUAUUGGCUUCAUUUGCUUUACUUGUAUCUGCUAAACAAUAUGUUGGAUUUCCUAUUCAAUGUUGGGUACCAGCAACGUUUACAGAUGCCAUGGAACAAUAUACAGAAAACUAUUGUUGGGUUCAAAAUACAUAUUGGGUACCAAUGCAAGAAGAUAUUCCACGAGAAAUUUAUUCAAGAAGAAAUAGACAAAUAGGAUAUUAUCAAUGGGUUCCAUUUAUUUUAGCAAUUGAAGCAUUAUUAUUUUAUGUUCCAUGCAUAUUAUGGAGAGGAUUACUGUAUUGGCAUUCUGGUAUAAAUCUUCAAGGUCUUGUACAAAUGGCAUGUGAUGCUAGAUUAAUGGAUUCAGAAGUAAAGUCAAGAACAGUUUAUACAAUGGCAAGACAUAUGGAAGAUGAAUUGACACAAGUUAGAGAAAGUGGACAAACAAAUAAUUGUUUAAAUUCAAUACAAAUGGGUACAAGUUGUGGACGACAUUGUGGAUGUUAUGUAACAUUAUUAUACAUAGGUAUAAAAGUUAUGUAUACUGCUAAUGUUUUAUUACAAUUUUUUUUAUUGAAUCAUAUAUUAGGAUCUAAUGAUUUAGCUUAUGGAUUUUCAUUAUUAAAAGAUUUAGUGAAUGAAAUUGAAUGGGAACAAACAGGAAUGUUUCCUAGAGUAACAUUAUGUGAUUUUGAAGUUCGUGUACUUGGAAAUAUUCAUAGGCAUACAGUUCAAUGUGUAUUAAUGAUUAAUAUGUUUAAUGAAAAAAUAUUUUUAUUUUUGUGGUUUUGGUUUUUGACUGUUGGAGUUGUUACAUUAUUUAAUACAAUUUAUUGGAUAUUAAUAAUGUAUAUUCCAAGUCAAGGAAUGGGUUUUAUUCGCAAAUAUCUUCGCGUUCUUUCAACCCAUCCACAAAAGCCGAUAACAGAUGAAGUAUCACUUCGCAAAUUUACACAUAACUUUUUAAGACGUGAUGGAAUUUUUAUAUCAACUAGAGUAUAA